UCAGAUUAUAAACUAUGGAAAGCUACCAGCUUUGAAAAACCUGGGAAUAAGAAGGCGAUGUGUGAAUAUAUGAAUAGAAGUCAAAUAGCUCGAAGGAGUCAAGCAGAAGCUAGAUAUUUUGAUAAGUUCUGCUCUUAUUUUUGGAAAAGACCUGAAGAUCCAUUCGAUAGAAACUGUAAUAUGAAUAUUUCUAACCACAGACAUAGUAGGAGAGGUUCUUCACCAGCACCUUCUAUUGAGGAGGUUGAACGGGAGCUAAGUCAGAGAUUAUCUAGCUGA